ACUGACUUCACGUCAAAAAUAACCUGUUUUGACAGUUAUAAAAUAACAUUAAUAAGUAUGUUUAAUAAAUUUGAAAAAGAAGUUAACAAAUUCGUUGUUAUUGGCUCGACAAAAAUUAAUUAAGUAGGGGUGAACAAAAAAACGAACUAGUAAGAAAACAAUGAUUUAUUUCAUGUGAAUUUACAUAAUUGUAAUAAGCCAGUUUGGUUAAAAAUUAAAGCGACCACAGGAUAAAUACUAGUCAGUUGUACAACUUAGGAAUUCAAAAUUUAAAAAGCGAAAAAGAAUGACCGUCGCAUAACACCAAUGCAAGAAUCAACCGAAACCAAAAAAAUGACGCAGUCCCACUACUCCCUGCGAUGGAACAACCAUCAAACCCACAUUUUGGCGGCGUUCGAUGCACUACUACAAGCCGAAACCCUAGUAGACGUAACCCUAGUAUGUGCAGAAACUUCAGUUCGGGCCCACAAGGUAGUUCUCAGUGCUUGCUCGCCGUUUUUCGAAAGGAUAUUUUCAGAGAAUCCAUGCAAACACCCCGUUAUAGUGCUGAAAGAUUUCAACGGUUGGGAGGUACAGGCCAUCGUAGAUUUUAUGUACAAAGGGGAGAUUUCCGUGAUCCAGGAGCAACUACAGAGUUUGAUCAAAGCGGCUGAGAGCUUACAGGUUAGAGGAUUGGCAACGCAAGAUCCGUUUGGAGUCGAUAAGGAAUCGACUUCUAUUAUCAAUCAGACUCCUACACCUUCCGCGUCUCCAAGCGAUUUCGAUAGAAAUUAUUACAGUAAUAAUAGGUUUCUAAAUACAGGAGUUGCGGUCAAAACACCAACAGAUCAAACGUCCCCCUUUUCCCCUAUUCCAGCUCAAAAUAACUUCGAAUCCCCCGUGAAACUACCCCAUAUGCCGCGAUUAUCCUUUCCAGACACCCUUCUACCCCGACCCGAAUGUCAGUCACCCAUACCCAGGCGAAAACAGGCCAGGCCAAGGAGAAGAUCCGGUGAGCUCUGCGGACCACAAGAUCUUUCCGUAGGACUUACCAAACUCGGGUCUCCGGAAGAAGAAACGGCCGAGAAUUUAUGUAUAAAGAAACAAACGAAGGAGAGCAAAAAGGAAAUAAAACAGGAAAAGAGUAGGACACCGGAAACCAGUGUGGGUAGUCCAGAGAUGGAUUUGAGCUUACCCAGCCAAAAGGAUUUUCGAAGUUCACCUGUAAAUAUGCAUCCGAUAAUGAAUAUGAAGCAAGAAAUUGAAAGUCAUUCUCCUUUGCCGUUUCCGCCCAUGCCGUCUGUUUCAGCGCUAACCAUGACGCCGCCUCAUAGUAAGUUUUUUGGCCUAGACUCAUCUUUAGGUCUAUUUCCCCCAGGAUUGGAAGGUUGUAGGAAUCCUUUAUUUGAUAUGCCGGAUCCCAGGACGACACCGGAUUCCCAAAUGUUCGUAAAAAAGAAAAUGGGACGACCAAAAGGUCAACAUUCCGCUCCAAGAGGCGGUCCACCCAGGUCUUGGACCAACGCCGAACUGACUGAAGCCCUCCAACACGUAUGGAACAAAAAGAUGACCACAAGCCAAGCGUCCAGGAUAUUCGGCAUCCCCUACAACUCUCUCCUGAUGUACGUCAGAGGGAAGUACGGAAAAAGCCUUAAAUUAGAACAACUUCGAAAAGACUGUAUCGGAGGUCCAAAUCCUCCAAUCGACAUCCUCAAUAUGGGAGGAAACAACAAUAAUAACAAUCCCUGCAAGCCUGAGAGAGAGUCUGAACAGAUCCAACCCAACACCAGGCCGCCUAGUACGGAAGAUCAGCAUCCCCAACCUUCCAUGUUCAACCCUUUUACACACAAUUUCUAUCCCGACUUCGGUACGGGAUUUCCCAUACCUGUGAGUAUGAUCCACUUGUUGCCCCAAAGCGAGAAAAGUAGGGAACACUUUGGACAACAGCAGGCCAUGGAAGAAGACAGUAAGGAAAGGGGGAAAGAUUUAAGCGACGAGCAAGAUAUAUUCCGACCACCAUCGCUAUCCGUCGAGGAUAGACGGGAAUUAGUACAACAAAACGGACAGGAUUAGGUGUUAUUUAGGUGUUAACAGAUUAAUCGUCCAAAAUCUGUAAUUCGUUGGGGACUUGAUCCUACAUGGAAAUGUACAAAUCGUAAAAUCAUUUUAAAUUAUUUUAACAAAAGGAAAAUGAAAGUAUAUAGUUUCCUUAAUUUUGCAUCCGUCUCUACUUGCAACAAAAAAAAAAAUAAAGUAAUAAGUUAUGCAUUUAAAAUAUAUUAAAAAAUAUAUAAUUUAUAAAAAAAUAGUGCAUUUGGUAAAACUAUGCCAAAUAAAGUCAUAGCAACUCAAAAAAAGAUGUAAACCAGUUGAUUGAAAGAAGACAUUAACUGAUAAAUAUAUUGAUAGUAAUAUAUUUUUACAUUCCACUUUUUUAUAUUAUCAAAAAAUUCUGUGAAAUGUUACUAUCCCCGCUGCUCCAAAUGCUCGUUGUCCUUUUUUAGUUCUGAUUAAAUAUAUCAUAGCGAAAAGUGUUUUCUGUUAUUAUCAUAGUUUAAAAAAAUAUAAACAGUAAUUAUUUACACCAUUAUUCAAAAGAGAACCCACAUUGCUCCAUCUAAAUAGAUUUUUGGACAAAGUCUCUGUUUUUAAUCAUUCUAGACAUCUUAUACAUAAAGUAUCAUAAAGCCUUUCAUAUUUUUUAAACCUGUCCUUUCCCUUCUGAUAAUCACGAUAUUUCUGUGUAUAGAAAGGUAUUACUUGAUCCAUUUUUUUUUAUAUUUCCUCAGCAAACUUUUCAUCCUACACUAUCUUAUUGAGCAUUUUACGUUAAAUUCUAUAUAAUACAUUUAACCUCUACCACCUGGUCUUUCUCUCUGAUUUCUGCCUACGUUUUGUCACCUACCACUAUUUGUGAGACCGAUAAUCUUAAUACAAUAUUUAUACACAUUAAAUCGCCUCUUAUCAUCGUGCGCAAUAAUUUAUCUUAAAAAACUUUUUUCUUUCUUAUUGGCUAUCUUCAUCUCUGAUGCAAUAAUUUUCCUGUC